ACACAUCGCCCCAGGACAUGGAGGUUCCUGACACACAGGUGAAAGAAUGCACUUCAGGCUUAAAACUUUUUCUCUGAGCUCAAUGAACGAGUCUGGAAGAGGUUUUCUUUGUCGAACUUUAAGGUCUGAAAAAAUAUCAUGGUGCUGUUGUGGGACCAAGAGAUGCUAAUGGUAAGAAGGCGGUUUAUUCAUUCUGAUGAAUAGAAGAGCACCAGGAACAAUGGCUUCAAAAGUCUCAUGUUUGUAUGUCCUGACAGUUGUGUGUUGGGCCAGUGCUCUUUGGUAUUUAAGCAUAACACGCCCCACUUCAUCCUACACAGUCCAUAAAACGUACGACAGCAUAUCCAUGGCAAGAAAAAAUGUCUCCUUUGGCAAUAUAAGGACACGACCAAUCAAUCCUCAUUCAUUUGAUUUCCUCAUAAAUGAGCCGGAGAAAUGUGAGAAGAAUCCCCCUUUUCUAGUCAUUCUCAUCAGCACGACGCACAAAGAAUUUGACGCCAGACAAGCCAUUCGAGAGACUUGGGGAGAUGAGAACAACUUCAAAGGCAUUAAGAUUUCCACUCUUUUUCUUCUGGGGAAAAACACAGACCCUGUGUUGAACCAGAUGGUUGAACAGGAGAGUCAGAUUUUCCAUGACAUCAUUGUGGAGGACUUCAUUGAUUCCUAUCAUAACCUGACCCUGAAAACGUUAAUGGGAAUGAGAUGGGUAGCCACCUUUUGUUCGAAAGCCAAGUACGUCAUGAAAACAGACAGUGACAUUUUUGUAAAUAUGGACAACCUUAUUUACAAGUUGCUCAAACCCAGCACCAAGCCAAGGCGGAGGUACUUCACUGGCUAUGUCAUCAAUGGAGGGCCAAUCAGGGAUGUCCGUAGCAAAUGGUACAUGCCCAGGGAUUUGUAUCCUGACAGCAACUACCCGCCAUUUUGCUCGGGCACUGGCUACAUUUUUUCAGCUGACGUCGCUGAAAUGAUUUACAAAACCUCCCUCCAUACUAGACUUCUUCACCUUGAAGAUGUGUAUGUGGGACUCUGUUUGAGGAAACUUGGCAUCCAUCCUUUCCAAAACAGUGGCUUUAAUCACUGGAAGAUGGCGUACAGCCUGUGUAGAUACCGGCGUGUUAUCACAGUGCAUCAGAUAUCGCCUGAGGAAAUGCACAGGAUUUGGAACGACAUGUCAAGCAAGAAGCAUCUGAGAUGUUAGGAAUUUUUUUUAAUAGAUGUAAAUAUUUCAGGGUUUUUUAUUUGGUUUUUGGGUUUGGUUUUCAUCUCAGUAGAGAGAGUAAAGAGCUCAUCAUAUGAUUUAACAAUGGGAAAAUAAUUUCCAGGAGCAGAACAUCUUCAGUAUGUUUUUUCUGCUUGGUCUUUACAGCUUUGACUUUCUGGUUUACAGUCUGUAGACUGUGUUCAUAAUGGUCUCAUUUAUGCCAAUCCCAAAACAUGAAAACAACAAGAACAAAAUCCACUAGUGUGACAUCUAUGUCGUUCAACCACACAGCUGUACAUGUAAGAAGACACAUAACCACUAUUCUAGUUCAACACUAAUAUAAUCCAUCCCCAUUAUGUUUAUGGAAUAUGGAGUGCCCUGUAAGACCAGGGUGGGCAAUCUGACAUCUCCUUAAGCUCUUUCAGAUCUUGAGAGUCACAACAUUUUCCAGGACCCCUCCUGCUCCCUGAAAUGAAUGUGAAUGUUUCUAAGAUAAAACAGUUUUACUCUGGUAUCGUUUUCCAAAACAGAUGCUAGCAUCUCAGUGAUCACCAAGCAUCAGGUGUGGAGUUUACUGCUCGGACAAAUAGAAGAUGAUUGUUUUGGGUAUUAUGGCAGGACCCUAAAAGGACAGUGUAUAAACAUCCAUGUACACACCCCACUCUCCAAGCUUCCUGUCAGCACCCGCCUCUCCUCCCGAAUUUGAGAGGUGGAAAGGAACACGUAAUGUAAUGCAGGGUGCUGCACCUAAGAGUCUAAAAACAACAAUAUCCUUCUGAAUGUAUGGGAGCACGAUCACUUUUUUGCCUUUAAUGCAACAUGGCUCCUCUUAGGUUGUUGUAAUCCUCUAGCCACUUAAUCUGGGAAUAAAUCCUGCUGAACACAACUGUACCUCCUUCCAUUUGGAUGUGUGUAAGAUUGCAUUGAAAUAUAUAUAUAAAAAAACCCAAAUGCAGUGACAAAUUAUUAGGUUGGCAAAAUUAGGGUGAAAGAGGAGAGGGUUAGGGUUCCUGUGCUUUUAAUAGUUGCUUGGAAGUGCGGAUUUCAGCAGGUGUUGCUUCUAUUGCAAGCUGUACCUGCUGAAAUGUCCUCUUGCCCACAAAUCUAAAAGAUAUCGGAACCUUGUCCUCUUUUGCAUCUGGUCACCCUAUGCCUGAUUUUCUUUUUCUUUUCUUUUUUAAUUGGACUACUUCAAUUCUUUGUUCACUUCUUUACACGAAAAGCAAAAUAAAGCCCUAUAUAGUCUCUAUAUUAAAUGACAAUGCUGCAAUCAUGUCUUUAAAAUAAAUAAAUAAAUAAAUUAUACUGCCAAGAGCGAAUCUUGCGUUAAAGAUAAUAAGAGGUAUUGGGUUCCUUUUAGAAAGUGGGGAAAAAACAGUUUGUAAUGAGCAGUUUAUUUGCCUUUUUUGUUAUACUCGUAUAUUCAUAUACAGUAUUAAAAUCAGCAGGACUCCCUCAAGAUUAUGAAGAAACAUGAAACAUUACUACAUACACAAACAGGCUAAAUGAACAGCAUCUGUAAUUACUGGAGUCGGAAGAUAAGGAAAUUCGGAGCCGAUGCUUUAGCUACUACAGUGUUAAAAACACAAUAGUUUAUUGAAGCAUUUUGGUUUUUAAAGACCCCAAGGAUAUUUUCAGUCAUCUUUUUUAAAAAAAGACUGCCCAUUGGAAUUAUAGAACUGGAGCUUGUAGAUAUAAGCACAAUUAGUUUUAUUUUUACAAUUAAAAUGCCCAUGAGCUACUUGGAUACCCAACCAAAAAAAAAGGAGAGUUGCAAAUUAAUUCCGUUUCUUUACGACUCCCCAUGAGCCAUUUUCAGCAGCACUGCAGUCAUAAGGUUUGAAAGCAGUCUCUGUCACAGUUUGACAGACACAAUGACAACUUAGUAGUAAUUAAACACACAAACACCAGGAAGGUCAAUAAAAUGAGCAACUGCCAAAUUAUUUUAAGGCAAAACUGACAUCAUUUUGGAGUAACACAACGUGUAACAAAGCGUGCAGAGUGCUCCACAGUUAAUGCCUCCCGCUGAUAGUUACAGACGGUGGGGCCAAUGCUCACUCUUCCAGCAGCCUCCAGCACACCUUCAAAUUGUGCUUGUGGGGUAGGAUGCUUCUGGACCGGAUCUGGAAGGCUGCAAAGAGAAAUGGGGGAACUCUACUUGUAGAAGUCUACUUGGAGUUCAUCUGGUUUCUUUUUCUUAAGUUCGCUGCCUUCUAAAGCGGCGGUUCUGAACCAGUGGCAAACUGGGAUCUCAGGGGAGGCAUAUGCAGUUCUCAUUUUGUGUUUUUUUUAUAAAACAUAUUCAUUGUUUAUUUGGAGAAAGGAGGGGGGAAAUUAUCUAUAGCUUUCUCAUUACACAGCUGAUUGCGUCCUGCUGCAACCCAUGGACCCGCACCCAUAUUCUAUCACUAUAAAUAUUUUGAGCUGUUUUCAAUUACAGUGUUUCAAGUUGCAAAUAAAAUGAUGAGGAAAGGCAGGUUUAAAGAGUGGCAUGAGGUUUUUAGAUUUGUUGCAAGAAGGGUAUGGAUUUUAAAAGGCUGAGAAGUGUGAGUCUGAAGCAACUUUACGGGCUCCCUCCCUCCUCCCCUCGUAAAGGGCGACCUAGUAACGGUUUGACUUAUUUUGCUUGAACAGGUUAACUUCUCUUCAGAUUUGGGAAAGUGUAACGCCUCCCCAUUUUAGGAAUGAUGAGGGAAAGGGAGAGACAGAGGCCUCCCCUCACCCUGGGCCUGACUAAAGGGGGCGACCCACUCUGGCGUCCCUUUUGUUGCCAUUCUGAUCUGAUCCUGGUCUGGAUCUGUGGUCAGUCUCAGGGGGCAAAUGUAUUCAGCAACAACAACUGCUAUCUGAGGUUUAAAAACCAACCUACUACUGUAUGGCAUUCUUUUUGAAAAAAUACAAACCCAAAGCUUGGGCCUAGAGAAAUGGAAGGGCAGUUUUGUCAGCUUCCCAUUAUCAAUUGUGUGGACGUUCGAUGCCCUGUGGCAUCCGUCAGGAUGUUUGCUGAAAGAGGGUAGAAGGGGAGUUGCAAAGCCCACUACAUACGCAUCACAUUUUCUUCCUUUCAUUUAUGAAGCAAAAGCCUCAAUGGGAAAAAUAUUGAGGAGAUUUCAGGGAAACGACACUUGACUUUUGUUCACAGGAAUUUUUUCUCUUCAAAAUACACACACGCCUGCACACUGGUGAAGAAGACUCUCUCUCUCUCUCUCUCUCUCUCUCUCUCUCUCUCUCUCUCUGCCGCACACACACAA